AAUUUCUUAAUCUUACUUCACUAUUUAAAUUGUUUUGUUUGUGAUGUGCGUAUACGAAGAAAACGACGACCGUCUAUGCACCCAACAAUUUAAUUUUCCUCUAAUUGGUACAAGCAUUACUAGUACCUAAUUUAUCAUUAGUAUCGAUAUAAAUCAAUAAUAAUUGAAAAAUUAUAAUUAAACUAAUUACAGUGGCGUUGAUUUUAUAAUGUCAUACGAUAUUCCAAAAACUGUUACAAAAAUUUACUUUCACACCGGUAAUGUAAUGAACGCCAAAGAAUUGACACAAAAAGCAGGACAAAAUGCAACUCAAGAGGUAAGAUUUUUUUUUUUUAAGAUAGCUAGGUAUAUUAUAUUGUGAUAUACUUAUUAUGUCUGAAUUUUAGGUAAUUGAAUGUUUGAAUAUUUAUCUUUCAAAGUGUCCAUCACCAUUUGCAUUGAAUGAAAAAAUUAUACAUUUAAAAUGCGAUGAGUUUUACAACAACGAUAAUGAAAAAGAACACAAAGCUCUUAGAACAAGUGUUAAAAUUUUUCUUACCUCAAAAGCGGUUGAUGUUUUAAAAGAUUCAUUAAAAAAACGUAGGACUUAUUAUCUUUCUUGUAGUAGUUAUUUAAUUUGUUUAUAGAGUAGAUAUUGGUUUAUUAUUUUUAGUCUUUCAAGAAUUAAAUGAAGAAGUGAUUGAUUCCGUAAUUUUAGCAUUUAAUCAUGAUAAAGAUACAUUACUAACCGAUUUGUUAACUCUUUGGUCUGUACUGGAGGGAUACGUCAACAAACAAAAAAUCACACGCCUAGGUGUAAGUGAUAUUGACACAGAUUUGUUCAUCAGUCUGUAUCAAAACUCAAUUGUAAGUUAAUUUCAUAUUGUAUUAAAUAUUAAAAUAUUAAUUGAAUUUUUGGUUUUAGAUUAAGCCAACAAUUGCUCAAAUAAAUUUGAACUCAUGCUGUGUAGUACCAGAAGCACUUCAACAGUUUACUACAAAUAAUGAAAUUCAGCUAUUAGCUCACAAUGAUCCUAAAGGUAACCCACAUUAAUUAUUGCUAUGCACAGAUCAAAGCUUUACAUAAUAUUAUAUAAAAUUUAAUCACUAAUAUGUUCAAUAGUUUAUAAUAAAAAAAUCAAGUUUAUAAUAAAAUAAAGUACCUUGGUAAAGCAUAAUAGAGAUUUCAGUAGUUUGAUUUACCUAUCCAAAUAAACAAUUUUAAAACUGUUAAAAUAUUAUAGAUAAUGCAUGAAAUGUAUAAAAUAAUCUAAUGUAAUAUAAUCUAUAACUGUAUAGAUAACAUUAAGAACAUCAUUACAUAUUAUAUUUUGACCAUUCUAUAAAUUAUGAAUCAAGUUUUUUUAAUUUAACAAUUUGAAUAUCUUUUAUUUAGUUAUAAUUUCACAAAUAUUAUUUUUACAUGCGUUAUUAUUUUAAUUAUUUUUUUUACUAAUAUAUUAUUGGUGAACAAAUUGUACAGGUACUUGUACAAGUUUUCAGUACAUUGAAAACUAUUUUGUAUAAUAUUAUAGUAUUUAAUAUACAUGUGUAUUUAAUUACUAAUUAAUAUUUACUUAUUCAUAAGUUGGCUUUUUUUCCAGACAUUUUACUCCAAUCUUGCCUAGUCGACAUUUUUAAAAACAAAACCGAACUAAAACAAAAAAUACCCAAACUUGAAUGGAUGAUUAGAUACCUUACUCAUGUUGUGAGUAGAGCAAUUAUAGCAAGUAAAGGAUACAUUGUGUGCCUUAGAAAUUCAUAGAAUAUGAGUACCUACUUUAUGACAAAUCAUAAUGAUGUACAAUUUAUUUUUAAUAAAAUGGCAAAUUAAAGUUUUUUCUUCAGACAAACUAAAAUUUGUUAACAAUUUUAGCAACCUUUAAUAUAUUGCUAUUAUAUUAUUUUUGUAUUCUUGUGAAAAAAGCAUUUUUAAGUGAAUAAUUAUUACAUUAUUAUUUCUUCAACUGUGUAGAAAUAAUUGUGAUGAUUAC